GACGAGGAGGCCGAGAUGGAGGCCGAACGGGAUCUGGCUGAGGACGCGCAGUGGAAGCGAAUACAGCAGAACACGUUCACGCGCUGGGCGAACGAGCACCUGAAGAUCAUCAACCAGACGAUCGCCAAUCUCGAGAGCGAUCUUGCCGACGGAUUGCGCCUGAUCGCGCUGAUCGAGGUCCUGUCACAGAAGCGCAUGAGCAAACACAACAAGCGGCCUACGUUCCGCAGCCAGAAGCUGGAGAAUGUGUCCGUAGCGCUGAAGUUCCUCGAGGUUGAGGGCAUCAAAAUCGUCAACAUCGAUUCCUCGGACAUCGUCGACUGCAAGCUGAAGCUGAUCAUGGGCCUGAUCUGGACGCUGAUUUUGCACUACUCCAUCUCGCUGCCGAUGUGGGAAGGUGACGAGAACGGAGACAACCAGGCCAACGGCAACGGAGCCUCACCCAAGCAACGACUGAUGAACUGGAUACACCGGCUGGUACCGGAUCUGCCUAUCAACAACUUCACCUCGGACUGGACCAACGGCAAAGCCGUAGGAGCGCUGGUGGACGCGGUCGCUCCCGGUCUCUGCCCAGACUGGCCCAUGUGGGAUCCGAAGGAUGCCGUUCAGAAUGCGGCCGAAGCGAUGGGUCUAGCCGACGACUGGCUAAACGUUCGUCAGCUGAUCCGGCCCGAGGAAAUGGUCAACCCAAACAUCGACGAGCAGUCCAUGAUGACCUACCUGUCACAGUACCCGAACGCGAAACUGAAGUCCGGGGCUCCACUGCGUCCACGCACCAACCACAGCAGUGUUCCACCGCCGCGGGUGCGCGCAUACGGACCGGGUAUCGAACCGACCGGUCCCACAGUAGGUGCUCCGGCUAACUUCACCGUCGAGACGUUCUCCGCCGGCAAAGGCAACGUGGAAGUGGCCGUUCACAACCCCAACGGCAACCCGGAGAAGGCGGAUUGUCGCUUCAACAACGACAAGAACCUAACGUACUCGGUGUCGUACGUUCCGAAGCUGCAAGGUCCACACAAGGUGUACGUGAAGUUUAACGGUCGUGACAUCCCGAAGAGCCCGUACGAGGUGGAAGUGGCCGGGCAGGCUGGCGACCCGUCUAAGGUGACGGCUAGUGGGCCGGGUAUAUUGCCGGAUGGUGUAGUUGUUGGAAAGCAGACAUACUUCGACAUCACGACGAAAGACGCCGGCAAGGGUACACCGGAGGUAAUCGUGCUGGAUCCUGCGAACCAUAAGACGGCAGUUGCCGCGAAAUUGCGCCAAGUCGGUACGGACCAGUGGCGAUGCGAGUAUACGGCCAAGCAGGUCGGAUUGCACUCAGUCAACGUGUUCUACUGCGGGCAGCAGAUCCGUGGCAGUCCGUACGGUGUGCGAGUGGCACCUGUGUGUGAUCCGCGCAAGGUGCGGGCUAGUGGACGUGGCCUGCAACCAGUUGGCGUGCGCGUGAACGACGACGACGUGACGUUCCGCAUCUACACCGAGGGUGCCGGUGAAGGUAUCCCGGAGGUGAAGAUCUUUGGACCCGGCGGUGUCGUGCCGGAGCACAGCAUCCGCAAACUGGACGCGACCACGUACGAGGCGCAAUACAUUCCACUGAAGGAGGGCCGCUACAAGAUCCUGGUGCUGUACGGUGGCCAGGAGAUCCCGAAAUCGCCCUUCGAGGUGACGGUUGGGCCACAGAAGCACACGUCGAUCGUGGCGUACGGUCCGGGUCUACGGUCGGGUAUGGUUGGCCAGCCGGCAUGUUUCGUCGUCGAAACGAACGGUGAAACGGGCAAUCUUGGGUUCAGCAUUGCUGGCCCAUCGCAGGCCGAAAUUGAGUGUCACGACAACGGGGACGGAUCGGCACUGGUCAAGUACCAUCCAACCGCACCGGGCGAGUAUGCCGUGCACAUCCUGUGCGACAACGAAGACAUCCCCAAGAGCCCCCACAUCGCGCACGUGCUCCCGAAGACGGACGACUUCCACCCGGAGCUGGUGAAGGUAACCGGACCGGGUGUGGAGAAGAACGGCAGCGUGAUCGUCGGGAAACCCACGGAGUUCACGGUCGAUGCGACACGAGCCGGUUCAGCACCGCUAGAGGUGAAAAUUAACGACGUUUUCUCCAACACGAUCACGCACAAAAUCGCCCAGACCGAGGGUGGGGCGAAGAAAAUCACCUACACCGCUCCCACGGCCGAACCGAUCACGGUGGAAGUAAACUAUGGUGGUGUGGCCGUGCCACAAUCGCCCUUCCGUGUGAAUGUUUCCACCCCACUGGACGCGUCGAAGGUGCAGUUCUUUGGGCCGUGGCUGGAGCCGGGUGUUAAGCCUAACGCGGCCACUCACUUCAACGUGGACGCCAGGGCCGCUGGUAACGGGCUGCUGGAGGUCAAUCUGGUGCACGAAGAAACCAAGCAGAAGGUACCGGUACGCAUCAUCGAUAACAACGACAACACGUACGCGGUGGAAGUCAUCCCGCCUCUGCCAGGCACCUACUCGACGAACCUGCUGUAUGGUGGGCUGAAAGUGCCACUGGCACCCAAGGUGACCGUUGCACCACCGGUCGAUGUGUCGAAGAUCAAGGUGGACGGACUGGAACCGACCGCACCGUUGAACAGUCUGCAGCAGUUCCGUGUGAUAACGAACGGAAUCGGGAAGGCGGACCUCGCCGUCACCAUCACGAGCCCUUCCGGGAACCGCGUGAAGGCACACGUCAUUCCGACUGCCGAAGGCUUCCUGGUGAACUUCACGCCCACCCAGCUGGGCGAGUACCUGUUGAGUGUGAGUUUUGGUGGCACGCCUAUCACUCCGCAGCCCUUCCGGUUGCAGUGCCUGGUGGGUUCGGACUCGCGCAAAGUGCAGGCCAGUGGACCGGGACUGGUGCGCGGAAUCAUCAACCGACCGGCCGAGUUUAUAAUCGAUACGCGAGGUGCCGGCCAGGGUGGGCUGGGCGUUACGGUCGAAGGUCCUUGCGAGGCGGCCAUCAAUUGUCGCGACAACGGUGACGGCACGUGUAACGUAGCCUAUCUACCGACGGAGAUCGGUGAUUACACGAUCAAUAUCACGUUCAACGAUGACCACAUCGCGGGGUCGCCCUACCAGGCCAUCAUCGUGCCGGAACCGAACCUCAGCAAGAUACGCGUCUCGGGCAUGGGCAUCCAGCCACACGGUGUCAUCAUGAACGCGCCCACCGACUUCCUGGUCGACAUGAGCAAGGUCGGCAACGACGUCGACCGGUCGAAGCUUUCGUGUAACAUCUUCGACCCGCGAGGUAACGAAAUUCCGAGCAAACUGGUGCCAAGCGAAUCGGCCGAUGAUGUGUUUCGUAUCAUGUACACGCCGUUUGAGGCAGGUCGGCACACGAUCGACUUGCUGUACGAUAACGUACCCGUACCGGGAUCACCGUUCGUAGUGAACGUCAAGUCGGGUUGCGAUCCGGCCCGGUGCCGAGCGUACGGACCAGGUCUGGAAGGUGCAUUAACCAACCAGCUGGCUACCUUCACGGUGGAAACUCGCGGUGCCGGUGCCGGUGGACUGUCGCUGGCCAUCGAGGGCCCAUCCGAGGCCAAAAUGAGCUGCACCGACAACCGUGAUGGCUCGUGUGAUGUUGAGUAUCUGCCAACGGAACCGGGCGAGUACGACAUCACGAUUCGUUACGCCGACAAGCACAUCCCCGGAUCGCCGUUUAAGGUCGCAGUGAACGAAUCGACUCGCCCGGAGAAGGUGAAGGUGUACGGACCGGGUAUCGAACACGGUCAGGUGUACGAGGGCAUACCCGCGCAGUUCUACAUCAACUGCGCUGAGGCCGGACCCGGCAAGUUUGCCGUCAAGUUGAGCUCCUCAGAUGGCAAGCCAAUUGCGGUGCAGGUGCAGGACAAGGGAGAUGGUGUGUACAGUGUAACGUAUGUGCCUCCGAAGGAGGGCUCCGUGCUUACUGCGGACUUGCGAUUUGCUGACCAAGACGUCAGCUGCAGCCCCUUCGUGAUGACGGUGUCCCCAGCACCAAAUGACGCUCCGGCCAAGGUGUACGGAGACGCAGCAACGAAGAAAUCGCUCCCAGCGUCAUUACCGGCAAAGUUCCAGAUCGACGCACCGACGACCAAGGCCAAGGAAGACAUCAACGUCAGCAUUAAGGGUCCGGAUGGGAAACCGCUCGUGCCGAAGAUGGACCAGGAAGCCGAUGGAACGUACGCCGUUUCGUUUGUGCCGGAUGAAUGCGGUCCCUAUAAUGUCAGUAUUAAGUGCGGUGGAAAGGACGUCCUUGGGUCGCCCUUCUUAUUGCAAGCCAUACCAACGGGAGAGGCUGAAAAAUGCAAAAUGGUGCAGGCCAUCCCGACAAACCAAGAGUACGGCAAGAAAAAUCACUUCGCCGUCGAUGCCAGAGAAGCAGGAACAGGUGCCGUAACGUGCAAGAUUGUGUCCCAUUCAGAAGCGAGCGAUGUGGACAUCGAUAUCAUCGAGAAGGACGGAUUCUUCGACAUUUUCUACGUGCUGAAGGACCCUGGCGAUUACGAUCUGGACAUUAAGUUUGGCGGACAGAACAUACCGAAUGGGACAUUCACGGUUAAGGCCGUCGACAACGUCGAAGAGCAGGUAACGAAGAGUACCACCAGCUCCAGCAAAACCACUUCAUCGGCCGUCUCCGAGAACCACAGCUACCAGCACCAGGAGUCGUACGUCGAGCAGGUGUCAUCCGUGUCCAAAUCCAAACAAUACAUCCAGCAAACUGCCAGUGAAGAGUUCCUCGUCCGAGAGCGACUCGUAAACGGCAAACACGACAGUGUGUCCACGCACAACAGCGUACAACAGUCAUCGGCCAGUAGCACCACCAACAGCAGCGCCACAAACGGCAACGGAACAACCGAACACGAUAACCGCCUCAACGGUACAGCACAAUCGUCGAGCCGCUAUCGCGCCUUCAAGCUCGAUCGCCUGAACACCCCGCAAACCGGCGGUUCGGUAACAGCCGAAAUCAAGAUGCCCAGCGGACAAGUAGACAAGCCAGUGGUGGACGACAACCACGAUGGCACCGUGUCGAUCCGGUACGAUCCGAAGGAGGAAGGCAUCCACGAGCUGGCGGUCAAGUACAACGGUGAACACGUGCAGGGUUCCCCGUUCAAAUUCCACGUCGACUCGAUCUCGUCCGGGUACGUGACGGCGUACGGACCCGGUCUCGUGCACGGUGUCACCGGUGAACCGGCCCAAUUCAUCAUCUCGACCAAGGGUGCAGGUGCCGGUGGGCUCCAGAUGGCCGUCGAAGGACCCAGCAAGGCCGACAUCACGUACCACGACAACAAGGAUGGAACGGUGUCGGUAUCGUACCUGCCAACUGCACCGGGCGAGUACAAGAUUUCGGUUCGUUUCGGUGACAAGCACAUCAAGGGUUCGCCGUACUUCGCGAAGAUCACGGGCGAGGGUCGCAAGCGUAACCAAAUUUCGGUUGGUUCCUGCUCGGAAGUGACGCUACCGGGUGUGAUCAGCGACCAGGACCUACGGUCGUUGAACGCCUCAAUCCAGGCACCGUCCGGUCUCGAAGAACCGUGCUUCCUGAAGCGCAUGCCAACCGGCAACAUUGGCAUCUCGUUUACGCCGCGUGAAAUCGGUGAACACACGGUCUCGGUGAAGCGGCUCGGCAAGCACAUCGCCAACUCACCCUUCAAGGUGAAGGUGUGCGAGCGCGAGGUCGGUGACGCCAAGAAGGUCCUUGUGACGGGCGGUGCCCUGACGGAGGGUCACACGCACCAGGACAACGUGUUUGCGAUCGAUACGCGCAACGCCGGGUACGGUGGGUUGUCCCUUUCGAUCGAGGGCCCAAGCAAGGCGGAAAUUCAGUGCACGGAUAAGGACGACGGCACGCUCAACAUCGCGUACAAACCGACCGAACCGGGGUACUACAUCGUGAAUCUGAAGUUUGCGGAUCACCACGUCACCGGAUCACCGUUCACGGUGAAGGUGUCCGGCGAGGGUACGAACCGGCAGCGUGAGAAGAUCCAGCGACAGCGGGAAGCCGUCCCGAUCACGGAGGUUGGCAGCCAGUGCAAGCUGACGUUCAAGAUGCCGGGCAUUACGUCGUUUGAUUUGUCUGCCACCGUGACGUCACCGGGUGGGGUGAGCGAGGACGCGGAGAUACAGGAGAUCGAGGAUGGGCUGUACGCGGUGCACUUCAUCCCGAAGGAGCUGGGUGUGCACACGGUGUCGGUCAAGUACAAGCAGAUCCAUAUUCCCGGAUCGCCAUUCCAGUUCACCGUCGGUCCGCUCAGGGACACCGGGGCGCAUCUGGUGAAGGCGGGCGGUCCAGGACUCGAGCACGGUGAGCAGGGUGUUCCGGCGGAGUUUAACGUUUGGACGCGUGAAGCCGGUGGAGGUACUUUGGCCAUCUCCGUUGAAGGCCCGAGUAAGGCCGAGAUCGAGUUCAAGGAUCGCAAGGAUGGCUCGUGCGAUGUUUCGUACGUGGUCAGCGAACCAGGUGACUACCGCAUUGGGCUGAAGUUCAACGAUCGCCAUAUUCCGGACUCACCGUUCAAGGUGUACAUUUCGCCGGCGAUGGGCGAAGCGCACAAGCUGGAGGUGGCCCAAUUCCCGACCGGUUGUGUGCAGGCGGACAAACCCGCUCAAUUCAUGGUGCGCAAGAACGGCGCCAAGGGUGAGCUGGAUGCGAAGGUGGUAGCACCCUCAAACAACGAAGACGAUUGCUUCAUCCAGCUGAUCGACCAGGAUCAGUACUCCGUUCGGUUCUACCCACGCGAAAACGGCAUCCACGCGAUCCACGUCAAGUUCAACGGUGUCCACAUACCGGGCUCACCGUACCGCAUCAAGGUCGGCAAGGACGACGUCGAUCCGGCAGCGGUGCAUGCCUCCGGCAAAGGUCUCGGUGAUGUGAAGACGGGCGAAAAGACGGAUCUGAUCAUCGACACGUGUAAUGCCGGUGCCGGAACACUCGCGGUCACCGUCGACGGUCCGGCAAAGGUCGCGAUGGACUGCACCGAGGUCGAGGAAGGGUACAAGGUGCGCUACACACCGCUUCUGCCCGGCCACUACUACAUGACGAUCAAGUACAACCAGAUGCACAUCGUCGGCUCACCGUUUAAGAUCAACUGCACGGGCGAGAGCCUGGCGGAGGCCGGUGGUCAGGAGACGUCCUCCGUGAUCGUCGAAACGGUCGCGAAGGUCUCGAAGGGUGGCAACCGGACCGGCGUUAUCCUGCCGAUCUUCAAAUCGGACGCGAGCAAGAUCCAAUCGAAGGGUAUGGGCCUCAAGAAGGCGUACAUGGGCAAGCAGAACCAGUUCACGAUCAAUGCCGGUGACGCGGGCAACAACAUCCUAUUCGUUGGCAUUUACGGACCGAAAGGACCGUGCGAUGAGGUGUUCAUCAAGCACACCGGCCGUAACCAGUACACGGUCAACUAUCUCGUGCGUGAGCGUGGCGAUUACAUCCUGCUGGUGAAAUGGGGCGACGAACACAUCCCCGGCUCGCCCUUCAAGGUUGACGUUUAAGGACCCCACAGCACACACUCUCCCCGUCCGCACGAGCACGAGCGCCAACGAGCGUUCCUUUGGUCGGCUUUUAAUUUUCUCAAAAACACCUCCCGUACUCCCGCUUCCCUGUUCCCUUCUUUUCCUUUUUAGUGUGUUUAAGUUUUAAAACAAAAGAAAGCAAAAGCGGAAAAAAGAAUUUUAUCCAUACGUCGUUAUCCUUUCCUUUUGUUUGUU